AUGAGUUAUUGCGAGGGAUGGAACCGGGAUCCGGGAAAAAUGAUCGGUGAAUGGUCACGAGAUUACCGCGGUUUUUCUGCGUUAAUGCCACGAUUUUUCUGCCCCUCGGGACGAUCGAUCCUCCGCAUCUCCUCUCCUCUCCGGUGGAUUCUCCGGCGUCACGCGAUUCCCGCCGCGAGGAACGCGUCUUUCAACUGCGACUUACGUACGUAUAUAUGUAUAUAUUUCUUUUUCUUAAUAAAUCGAUCGAGUUUCCAUUCAGAAUUGGUUGAAUUCAGACGUCGAUUUUCUCCGAGUUCUACGCGCUUUCGCGGCACGUAACAUUCUGGUCUCGAGACAAAUCGCUCUCGAUUUCAAUCCCUUUAUCUUCCACUAUCGAGAGAUUACACACGACGUGCUAGUAACAAACUGCUCGAUUAAUUUCGAAUCGAGAAGAGAAGUUGGUUGUUUUCAAGAAUUUCCUGUAAACAUUCGGCAUUUAUAUAUAGAAAUGUUUCAUUACUACUAGAGAGAUUCUUGUAUCUUAUAUGAAUCGGGAAAUAUUUUUGCAACGAGCACUCAGCAUUGCUAAAUACGCAUGAAGCAAUAAAGUAACUAUCGCAUGUGUAAUAUUCGUUUAUCAAUAUACCGAAUAAUAUGUCCGUAUCGAUAUAAAAUUAAAUUAAUAAAAUACGUCUAUCGUUUUGAUUUCUGUAAUUCUGUAGAGGUCUUUUUCGUCCUUCGAAACGAGAAAUCGAAACGUUCUUUUGAACGUGCAGAGGUACAUCCUCGUUAUUCUAGUUUGCCGUUCCAGUUUGUGGAGAAAUGGGAAUGUUUAGCAAAUCUCACGCAUCGCGCGUUCAAGCACGAUCAACAGGCGUGCGACGAUUAUAGGAAACGCCACUUUUCAGAUUGGCGACCUAGGCACGUCGACGGCCGACAUCCGGGGCGGCCUGUUCCUGUUCUGGACCAGUCCCGGGGACAGAUCCCUCGUUGA